AUGGCGGAUAUCCCGAUGCAGCUGGAUGGUGGCGAUGACUUUGAGGACGAGGAGAUCACGGGGGGAAUUGGGAGUGUCCACAAUGAUGCUGUUGGACCUGAAGAUCAAAAACCCUCGCCUACUGAGAUCGCAGAGUCCGAGCAAGGAGAUCCUGAUGCCGAUCAUGAGAUGAAGGUGAAGCUCGAGAAGCGGAAGAGAAACGAGAAUGGAGCAGCAGUACCAGUUCCCAGUGACGAUGAGGAUGGAGACGAAAGCCCGUCGAAACGUCCUCUACGUGGCGACGAUCAACCUCUCACUUCUCGAGAACUACGUGAGCUUCUUUUCGGCCAUGUUAGCGAGAUGAAGUCAGCCUGGAAGGAGUUUCAAGGUAGACUUGGCCGUGUUGAGCAAGACCAGAAGCGGACUGACUUUGAAGUGCGCAACCUACAGUCGCGUACACGAGUGCUUGAGAAAGAUAGCCAGGGGUGUCGUCAACUCUGUGACUCCACGUCCAAGAAACUAGACGAGCUUACUGAAGAGGUCAAGAACAUGAAAGUGCAACUUGCUGAACCUGCUCGUGUCCCUAAUCCCCCUCCUGGACCUCAAAGUGAUGCUCAUGGGAGCUCUGACCCUUGGAGUGACUACCUUCGCAAACGCCAGUCCCAGCCACCCGAAUCUGGGGUGAAUUCUAAGGGUGACCUGCCUGACAAGAACGACAUGCUCACCGAUGACGAAAAACGCACUCUUGUGGUUGGCGGCUGGCUUCAGGAUACGAAGAGAUCGGUGAUCGAAGAAGAGAUUGCUGGACUUCUCUCGCAUGAGGACAUGAAACCGCUGCUGGAUGCAGAUCGUCUGGCGAUUUACGGCCCCAGGCGCAGCGUGGGUAUGCUCAAGUUUGUCGUCCGUGAGGGUGAGUCCUACAGCAAUGUUCGCAACAGGAUGUGGGAAGUGAUCAAAGCCCUGGGACGUAUCAAGUAUCCACUGCCGAGCACCAAGAAUGGCGAUGAGACCAGAACAGUCUGGGCGAGCUUUGUGAAAACCAAAAGUGCGAGACAGAGAAGCACACAUGUCAGCAUGAUACGGAGGGUGACAAUCGCACUUGCAGUCGAUGCCAAUGCUAACAGUGGGGUGAAUGGAGGAAAUGCCAACACCAGUCCGCUCGACUACGAUUGUGAUUGGAACAUGGGAACAGUAUGGGCCGGCUCGCUCAAGCUAGGAAGUGCAACCCACCGCAUGCCCAGGGACGAAGACUGCGUCACGAUGACUGGAGGCUGGGUGAGCCUUUCAAGCGUGGCACGAACAGCAGGAUGCUCCACGGACGAUGCCAAGAUGGCGUUCGAACCACAUCCUAAGGAUCAGCGUGCAAGUCUCCCGUCCCGUGUCCGUCUGUAUGCAAAACGCAGAUGGGGCCGUGCGGCGCAGUGGAACUUAGGAGGACAAGAUGUCACUCUUCUUGAUCUUGCAGCAAAGGAUGCAAACCUUCUUUUUGUCCAAGAGAUUUCUCGUGAUGUUGCUGGCUGGGACGACUUCGACACGGAUGAGUUCCAUUGGGUUGUCCAUCGUGAUCCUCGGCAGUGGAGAGGGGUGGCAAUUGGAUUCUCACUUGACAUCUUUGACUCGGUGCUCUUCAAGAUUGCUUGCUCGCGUGGGAUCUGGCUGGUUGCGAGGGUGAAAGGACUUGGCAGAGUUGUCCUGGGCUCACUUCAUGCACAUACGGGCACCACCAAUGCUGUCUACCAGGCUGCUAUACACGAAUUUCUCGACGCCUGUCCUCGUAGAUUCCGCCAUCUCCCGCUCUUGUGUGGGGUCGACGCCAACGAGGUUCCGACAUGGAUUGACACAGCUGAUGGACACCUUGAUAUCGGUACGAGCAGUACGAACCUCAAUGAGAUGAUACAUGGCGCCAACCAGUUGGGGUGUAAACCUAUUCCUCCUUGUCUGGCGCACCGGAACUCGCCGACACAUUUUCCUCGAGAUCCCCUUCGCAGUGGUAGGCAGAUUGACAUGAUCCUCAACCGGCAGAUCAAUGUGGACUCCCUCGUUAUCGAUGCUGAACGUAGACAUGUCGUCGGAUCUGACCAUGCCUUUGUGUAUUCCGAGAUUUACUCGCAGAAAAGCUCGAAGGCUACCUGGGGCAAUGACUCACGUGCCAGAUGGGUACACACUUCUCUGCCCACGUGCGAGAUUGUCGAUGCGGAGGACCUCGAGCUGUUGGCGGAGAAGUACACUCGUCCCGUGCAGUCCAAGGCGUACAGAGAUGACGAUGAAGUCAAGAAUGCGAUCCUCCAUGCGAGAGAAGUGGGCACCUCAGCUGAGUGGAAGAAAGUGCACAAGCUUCGUCGUUCUGCUCGCAAGCGUUGGAAGAUCAAUCGAUUCUCGGAGAUCCUCAAGGGUGAUUGGACACAAUACCGUCAACUCCAAAACGAGAAGAAAAGAUGUCGUGGGUGGUGGGGUGAGUUGCUUGCGGAUCGCUCUUCUGAACAACUGACCCAUGACAUCAAAUGUCAUCUUGAGGAGAAAAUGUGUGAUGCCGAUAGGGUGAAUUGGAACGAUGAACUACACGAACAAGUUUCUUGCAUCGAGCAGAAGGGUGACUUUCGUGCCUUCACCCUUGUUGAUAUGAGGACGGAGCUGCAAUCCAUGAAAUGCCGAAGUGCCGUUGGACCCGAUAAGAUCGGAGUUCACCUCCUGAGGGAAAUUGCCAACCAUGAGACACUGUGCUACGGGCUCCUCGAUCUCAUCAAUCAUAUAGUACGCACACAAGAACUUCCUGAGAAAUGGGAGGUGAGCUUUCUUGCGCUCUUGGCAAAAUGCAAGAGUCCAGCAGGCCCGAAGGACUUGAGACCAAUUUGCAUCUCGUCUGCCUUUCAGAAGCUCAUCAGUAAAAUGGUCUGCGCCCGGGCUAUGCCAGUAAUGAGACGUGGAUCCAGGGUCUCGUGCUGCGGUCGUGGAAGACAAGCGGCAGACCUGAUUGGGUGUAUUUCUAGAAUGCGCGACUCUACCAAAGAAUGGAAAUUGCCCAUGCUCCUAUGUAAGCUGGAUGUAGCAGGCGCAUUUGAUCGAGUUGAUAGGUCGCGAGUUGCACAACUGCUAGUUCAACGACUCGCAGGACAGAGUUUGGAUGCAGAACUUCGUUAUCUCCUUCUUCAACUUCGUGAACAUCAUCUGGUUGGCGCAGCUCCGGGUGGACAUCCUCUUAGCCUCUCGCCCAAUGUCGGGAUUAAGCAGGGUGCGGUUGAGAGCGCAGAAAUCUUCGGCUUGGUCGUUGAUGCGCUUCUCAUGGAACUGGUGGAAUGUAAACAGUGGGGUGACUUUGGCCUUCCCUUUGAGAAUCUGCAGAUUGACCUUCUCUUCUACCAGGACGAUAUCUUCAUCCUCGAGACCGAAAUGGCAAGACUGGCGCGCCGCAUACGUGUUGUCGAUCGAUGCCUCCAACGUGCUGGGCUUAAACUUGCAGCUGAGAAGACCAAGAUUGUUGCCAACCAGCAUUAUCGCGGAUGCCGCAAAGUUCGUGUUGGGGAUGCGUGCUUCGAGAUUGCUCCACUGGGUGAAGGGUUGAAAGUGCUUGGUCUAACCUUCAGUCUCAGCUCCAACCAGUCUGAACAGGCACAGGAACUCAUCAGCAGAACCAGAGCUGCGGCUGCUGCACAUCGUGAAAUCCUCAAUGCUCCUGGCUCGUGGCAUCACAAAAUGAGCAUACUCCGUAGCCUCGUUGAAUCACAGUUUGCCUGGACCGCGGGAGCUCUGCACUGGAGCAAAGAUGAUCUGAAUGCCCUCAAUCUAGUACAAUUGCACACCUGCAGGAGUGCUUUCAAGAUUCGUCGCCUUCGAGAUGAAUCGUGGGUGUCAUGGCAUAGCCGUAGCCUGCGCUUCGUGAGGGUGUGGCUGGUGAAUCAGCACUUUCCCCGGUGGUCCGAGCGAGUUCUUGUCCUCCAGCACACGCUGCACGGCCACUGGGCAAGACAUGUCGAGAUCAUCAAUGGUGUUGCCCAUGCGGGUGCUCCACUCCGAGCCCUCAACUGGCGCAACAUGUACUGGUGGCGGGCCCAGCAAGCCCUCAGUGACAGAGUAGGAGUCCGUCAUGAGGGUCGUUUUUACGCCUCCAACACGGAACGGCAACUAGCUCAAUGCCACGGCACUCUGUGGCACGUCACUGCGCAAGACCGAGACCGAUGGACAAGAGAAAGACCAGCAUAUGUUCAAGAAUGGGACGUUCGCUGGUGCAAUGGAAGACAACUCUCGAUUCGCUUCUAG